ACGCGCACGCAGGAAGGUUCGCACAGGCUCCCCCCAUUUAGCGUGACUGGCACGUAGUGCCUACUUACCCCAAGAUUAUUUGUGUUGCAGUUUUUAGAGAUUGCUCGUGUAUCAUAAACUUAAAGGUGGAUAUAGUGUGACCUAGAUGAAAGAUAACAGUCGCAGCGGAUUCCCAAAGUUACUUCGAGUAAUGCGGGAAAGACAUACUCCAAGAUCCAGAGGAACCACUUGGCCAACGGGAAUGAAAAUAUACUGCACUAAUAAAUCAAGAAGAGAGCAAGUGAGAGAGACUUGGUAAAAUUUGGAAAUACAUUCAUCAUUAUUUUUCUUCUGCUCAUUCCUGCUUGAAAUUUUAAUUGCCAUGGCUCCCCGAAAAGGUGGAGCAGCAAAUAAGAGUGGCUCGAAAGGAGCGCCCAAGAAACGGGUGGCUGCAAAUGGAUUUAAACUCCCUAAUCCCAUUGCACCAGGAAUUAUCAUUACUGAUGUUGGGAAGAAGCAGUGGAUAAUUGGAAAUAGCAUAGGUGUUGGAGGCUUUGGAGAGAUAUACUUGGCCUCAGAGGAUAUUCAAAACCCUGUGAGUAGUUUGGCUGACUGUGUCAUCAAAGUAGAACCUCAUACCAAUGGACCCCUUUUUGCGGAAAUGCACUGUUACAUGCGAGUUGCCAAACCUGACCACAUUGAGGCAUGGAAGAAAGAAAAACGACUCAAACGUCUGGGGAUGCCAAAAUACCUGGGAUCUGGUUCAUUUGAAUACAACAACAACAAGUACCGAUUCAUGGUGAUGGAACGUUUUGGUCCUGACCUUCAGAAGAUUUUAGAGCAACAUAGCAAGAGAUUCUCAUUCAAAACUGUUUAUCAAGUCGGCAUUCAGAUUUUGGAUGUUUUGGAGUAUAUCCAUAGCAAGGAAUACAUCCAUGCAGACAUUAAAGCAUCCAACCUGUUAAUUGGACAUAAACCAGGUACUGAGAACCAGGUAUUUUUGGUGGACUUUGGUCUUGCAUGUCGCUAUGCAAAUGAUGGGAAGCACAAGGAGUACAAGUAUGACCAGAGGAAGGCCCAUAAUGGAACCAUAGAGUUCACUUCAAGAGAUGCCCAUAUUGGUGCUCACUCUCGUCGUGGAGAUUUGGAGAUCCUUGGCUACAACAUGACUCAGUGGCUUUGUUCCUGCUUGCCAUGGGAGGACAACCUCCAGGACCGCAACUAUGUUUUUAAAAAGAAAAGAGACUUCAUGGACGAUGUCAGUUCAUUUAUCUCACAUUGUUUUCCUGACACUGAACCACCAGGACUGAAGGAAUACCUAGAAUAUGUGAUCAACCUAGCCUUUGAUGAGCAGCCGGAUUAUGAGAAAUGCCGCAACAUCUUGCGAGCGGGGCUUAAGGCACGGGGUUACAGAGAUGAUGGCAAAUUGGUGUUCAUGUCUGCAACACCAGUGCCUCCAUCUAAGAAGGCAAAGUCUCGACUUGACCGCAAGAAAACCACCAAGAGACGGUCAGAAGAAGAAGAAAAUAUAGCGGAACUCACCCCUAAGAAGAUGAUGAGAACUUCCAACAUAUCUCCCUGUAGACCCAGAAAUAAAAGAGUUAAUACUAGAACUUGCCCAAGGGAUUCUCUGCUUGGCAUCAGUUUAAGUAAACCUUGUCAGCUAGAUUCACCUUGCAUUGACACCGAAGAAAUAAUGAUUGAAAAGGAGAACCAGAAGAUGGCUGCUCGUAAGCAAAAACAAAGACCUAAAAGGUUGGUCAUGAAAGACACUUCCCUGGAUAAUCCUACCCCACAGAUGAUACAAAUUUUGAAUAAAAUUAGAGAAAAAUCAGCAUCGCCUCCCGUAUGUCAAAAACGGCAUAGACACAACAGUAACUGUUACAGUAACAGAAGUAGUCCCACCAAUGAGGAAGCUCCUUCACAGUUUACCCCAGAGAUGGAAGCUGUUAUGAGAAAACGAGCUGAGAGACUUUCUAGUUCAUGCAGUGAAACCGAUUACGACUCAAGUUCUUCCUCAGGUGUAGGCUCCCCUCAAAUGUUUGAUUCUUCUGAAAAUGAGGAAUCUAAUGAUGCCACAGUUUACUACUCUCCUACAACUGCCUCACCUCCUUGUGUGGCUCCUCAAAAUAAUAAUAUAGUGAAAAAUGUUAAGGGAAACACGAGACUGAAAGGAACAAAACCACUUGUCUCGCCACGGGAGGUUGCCUAUCUGCUUGUGACUGCUCCUACGGAAUUAAGAACCAUUGGAACACAAACAUCACCAGGUAUUAGAGUGACCCGCAGUACAUCAAGACAAGCUUCCCCAGAACUGUUUUAAAGGGGAAUAAGUUUUACAAAAAUAUAUUUACAGAAAUUUAGUAAUUCACAAACAAUUUCAAAGUGUGUUGGUGCUCUUGAUCGGAAAAGUGAAUUACAAAGAAAAUAAAGCUCUGAAAUAGAGUAUGGUGCUGUGAGUGAAGUGUUAAGAAAUUGAACUUUACUUUGAAGUGAGAACUUAGGUUGUGUUAGUGCACUGAAAAACAUUAGGUCCUAAAAAACUUAUCCUGGAUGUUAGAGACUUACCUAAGUGUUUGCAAUAUAUGGUUGUACUUUCCAUAGUGAAACAGGUAAAGUACUGUAGAUAAUUAUUCCAGCUUAAAUAAUAAAAUGAAAAAGUGGACCAGGCUGUACUGUACAUUAACAAAAUCCCUGAGAGUUAAUAGUUAUGAUGUUUCUGUAAAUAAAACAUUUCUCUUUUCCUCGCCAAUGGUUGAAUCAUUACAAAUUAUUACCUCUUUAUGGAUUUCAUUUUUUCAUUUCAUUCCAAGCUAGGUAUUUCAGAUUCUAAAUUAUUUCAUUGCAUUCAUCAUUUUCAUUUUUUUUUCAUGAUGUAUCUAAUACUGCUUCAGACAAAAAAGUUUGUGCUGUUUAUUUCAGAUAAUUUCUUUGUGUGCCAUUCUAGCUCUCAGCUUUAUUAUGCAAAAUUGGUUAUAAUUUUUUACUAUUAUUUGAUUUUUCCUGAGCUUUGUUUUGUAAACUGAUCCUCAAAAUUUAUGGAUGUCUAAUGUUGAAACUAAGGCUGUGAUUGCCCCAAUUCAUGAGUGUAUAAAAACAAAUUUCAUACCACAAACUAUUCAGGCAUUGAAGCAUAUUUUACAUCUUUGUGGCAUUAUUAUAGUAUUUUUUAAUGUGGAAAUUUCAUGUAUAUGGAUCAAAUGUUCCUUGGUUUUCUCUUCAAAGCCAUCAGUUAGGUAUUUUGAAUAAAAAUCCCUUAGAUGGGUCCCAAACUAUAAAAAUAAGAACGUUGUGGGGUAAAACUUUUCAAAGUUAAUUUUGACUCGCCAAACACUAUCUAUCUACUGUUUUCCACUAUAGUAUUUCUCAAAGGUUUGUAAUGAUGCAGUGCUCUGGGCUGCUUUACUUAUUAUUUAUCUUUUUGAGGUUUAAGCUUCCUAAAAAAUAGUUUACAGUGCUAAAAUGAAUUUGACCUUGUCAAAAUAUUUUGGAAUCAAAAUACGUAGUAUGUUUUGCGUAUUUGCGUUUACAUUGUCCAGCCUGGAAGGCAUGUCGCUAUUUUCAACAAGUAGCAUUUAUUUGACAAAUUCAAUAGAUGGCCUAUGCCACAUGUAGGCAAACAGGAAAUUGUUAGAGGGGCAUGGUCGAAAUAGGUGUUCUAGACCAUGUCCUUUAAAACAAACCACCUUAUAUAUACACUAGCAUUAUACAGAAUCACUGAAAAGUCUAGACUAUUCUUGAUGUUUUUUGUCACUGCUGACAACCUGUAGUAAUUAUCUUCACUUGAAUUCAGCUCACUUUCAACUGUCCAAAGGUAAAAUUUAAUUGUCGUAUAUUUGGCGAGUGAAAAUCAAGUUUCAAAAGUUUGAAAUAAAAAAAUUCAAGAUUUUUACAGUUUGGGACCUGUUUAUUUUAAUGGAUAGGUUAUUAGGUUAAAUAAAGUUCCAUGACCAUGCUAAGAAAGGUUGUGCAAUACCUCAAAAUAUCAGAAGGUUGCAUUAUACAUACAUUACUUCCUGCUGAUUCAUUUAUUUAUUAUAUAUUGCUUGUCUAACAUGAUAAAGUGUUCAAGGAAAAUCUUUUGGAGUACAUAUAAAUUUUAA